UUCAUUGACAUUUCUCUCUCUCACUGCACUGCACCCGGAAUUUGUGAUGAGGAAUGUUGUUUUUAAAUUCCUAAUUUUUUAGAUUCUUUCUGAGAUACAAUGGCUGAAAAAUUGAGUAAGCAACCGAAAAAGAGUAUUCUCAAACCUCCGGGUCACUUUGAAAAUCCAGACAAUAAAUUGGAAGAAGGAAUCAAAUGGGAUGAGAUGAAUAUAUUGGCAACCAAUCAUCCAGAAGAUAAGGAUUACGGACACAUGAAGAUAGAUGAACCAGACACGCCUUACAAUAGAUACAUCGCGGCUGAUGACGACGACGACGAAAACGAACCUGUGAGUGAUGAUGAAGAAAAGGGAGGCGUUUCAUCUGAUAUGCUGAGUAAAAAACUCUCCAACAAUAGCUCAAUAGAAAAAAGGUGGUGGGAGAAGGAACCAGGAGAAGAAAGCUCAAGUGAGGAGGAGGAAGAACCUCUGACGGAGGAAGCACAAGAAAGAAAAUCAAAUUUUAAACUGAAACGCAAACAGCACUAUGAUGAGGCAUACUACAUCAGGAAGGCCAAGCAGCUGAUGGAAAAUGAAGAUGAUGAUGACGACGACGAUGAGGAGAAUGGCGGAGAAGAUGGAACGAGUAACAGUGAAAAGGCGAAUACGAACAAUACUAUUGCAACACAAUGAUAAACCUUGAUCAAGAUUGAGCAAAUUAAAUGUGAUUGAUGUGCAAUUUCUGACAUGUGUCAAUCAAAUGCAGAUUUUUGGGCCGAUUGAACAUUUUAUCAGAAAUAAAACUUCCAAGAUGGCUGCUUAGUAGUGUGUGGGAUUUUGCUAAAAUGUAUAAUUUUGCAAAGUUAUGUAUUCAGGUUGGAAGGCUUACUUGUGUGUGCAUGGUACCUGUAUUAAUAAGCUUUAAGAUAUUCCAUCAUGCUAAUGUUGCACCUCCUGUACCAAAAAAUGGAAUGUUUCACUGUAUUCAUCCUAUCCUAAAAUGAAAUGUAUAUAAUGCUGUAGCAAAACACCAACAACUGAUAGUUCUAGGCUUCAGGGCGAGGUCCUAGUACGGAGUCCAGAGGCCAAUCCCCUGCUCCGCCUGAAGAAAUUGGGCAUUUUAAGCUGUUUCGAGAAAUUUUAGUAGUUGUACAGGUACAGUGCACAAUAAAAAUAAGUUCUUGUGUUGGUCCGGUCCAAUGAUUCUGGUGCCACCUCUGGUUCUACUGCAUCACAACCGUUGCCUUGGUAUUGUACAGUAAAUGAGUACAAUCGAAAUACUCUCCAUGAUGUAUAAUUUUAUUCUGAGAAUUUGGUUAGUGAAUAAUAUAUAAAGAUCUUUUGUGGUCAAGGUAUGCAUCUGAAGUAAACAAAAGGUUGACUACUUGAGGAAGAGCGGGCUACAACUUAUAAAACUUGAGGUUUUAUCUCCAUACAUAAUGGAGUAGGCCUAGUUAGAGCGACACCUUGGGAAGGAUUAGUGAAGGUACAUCCAUGUGUAGUCUGUGGUGUAAUGUGGCUUGUUUUCUCGGCAAAUUGGUGUCUUUCAAAACUAAAUUUAAUUUAUGCACAUGUAGAGCCUGUAAUGAAUUGGGGUGACAAUGCAAGCAACAUUCAGCAAUAGUGCAUUAACUCUAGAUUAUUAAAAUGGACAAAUUUAAUUGUGGAUUUGUUUUAUAUAUACAUCUAAAGGGUAAAAACAAAUAAUGUAGCAGUUUUAAUAAUGGUAUGGUUGUUAUUAGUGUCUGUUGAUAAAUGAAGACCGUAACAUAGGUUUGCUGUUGAAACUUGUAUCAUUUCAUAGUAGGUUAGUACUUAUAGUGUCAAGGAAUCAAGAGCCUCUGAUAAAAAGUAAACGGAUCAAGUUUUUUAAGUACUGUACUGUAUUUGAAUAAGGGUAUUUAUUCAAUGAGGGGUUUAUAAUUUCUUUGGAUACGUAUAUACUGUCCACAAAUAAACUCCCUUUUAAUUUCAGUGUAAAUGUGGAACUACACAUACAGUGCUGUAAAAAUGUUUUAUAAUGAUGUUGCUUCCAUUAGAUUUGUUUACAGUUUAGGGUAGGGGGCGUUAAUGUGUAUGGAGGUUUGGCUUGCAGGUUCAUGUUCCAUAGAGUCGGUGCAGCUUAUAGAAUUCAGUUAACUCUUGCAGUAGUUGAUGUAUUGCAUACUUGUAUGGUGAAGUAAUAAAUUUUUUAUCAUCCAAUU